AUUAGCUUGUUGGGACUCGGGGCUGUGGCAGGCCGUCCUACGGUGACACUACUCCAUCAACGCCGACAUUGACGGCUUCUCCCCCCGGCGUCUUCCUUUUCGCCAACUGGUGAAACGGCCGUUUUUUCUUACGCCUCUCAGAAGGUGGCUUCUGUGUUUUCGCAGCUCUCCGGGACACAACUUUUUGUGCUGAGGCGGCCGUAAAAGUAGCGUCGCUGUGUUCGCAAGCUAGCUCGGCGGCUAGCCAGUUGGCAUCGUCCCCUGCCCGCCUACUACUUUCGCGAGUCCUCGGGCAGUAGCCGGAGCUGCCGUGGUGGUCAUGGCGGUAGGUCGGCCGUGUCAUGCGUUCCUGCUCUUGGUGUGCUUGUUCCUCCACCGCGGCGCCUCCUUCAACCUGGACGUCGAGGGACCCUCGGUGUUCAGCGGCCCCCCAGGAAGCUACUUCGGCUUCUCGGUGGACUUUUUCAAAUCUCCCAUAAACCAACGGUCAGACGUUCUGAUUGGAGCGCCCCGGGCCAACACGUCGUCGUCCUUGAGCGACGUCGUGGAGAGAGGAGCCGUGUAUAGCUGCCCCUGGAAAACCUCGUCCCCCUGCCAGCAGCUACAGUUCGACUCGUCAGGCGACAGGAAAAAUGCAGAUGGGGUUCAGAUGGAGUUUAAGUCCAAGCAGUGGUUCGGGGCCUCGGUUCGAUCCGAUGGCGAGCACAUCCUGGCCUGCGCUCCUCUGUACCAGUGGUCCACCUUUGGGGUCUCGGAGCGAGAGCCAGUAGGAACGUGUUUCCUGAAGAAAGGCACGCAGGUGGUGGAAUAUUCGCCCUGUAGAUCAAGUGCCAACUCACCCGAGGGGCAAGGCUUCUGCCAGGCAGGCUUCAGUGCCGACUUUCUCAAGGUAAAAGACCAUCAGAACAACCGAGUGGUGGUGGGCGGACCCGGAAGCUUCUACUGGCAAGGUCAACUGAUAUCCGAUGAUGUAUCGGAAAUCUUUACCAGACACGACAACAACUACAUCACCCCGUAUGGAAACACCCUGGCAACCAAGUCGGCCAGCGCCCAGUAUGACGACAGUUACCUAGGAUACUCUGUGACAGUCGGAGACUUCAACGAAGAUGGAGAAGAAGACUACGUUACUGGCGUGCCGAGGGGGGACAAGGCGCUAGGUUACGUAAACAUCUUCAAUGGCCUCAACAUGGAGUCCAUGGUCAACUUUACAGGAACUCAGAUGGCCGCCUACUUCGGACACUCUGUGGCUGCGACCGACGUGAACAAGGACGGUUUGAUGGACCUGCUGGUGGGUGCUCCUCUCUUCAUGGACAGGGGGUCCGAUGGCAAGCUAAGGGAGGUGGGGCAGGUGUCUGUCUUCAUGGGUCGGGGAGGAUUUUCCUUCCACCCUUCACAGAUGCUUACGGGGUCAGAGGUCUACGCCAGGUACGGCUCGUCCAUCGCGGCGUUGGGAGACCUGGACAUGGACGGCUACAAUGAUGUGGCCAUCUCUGCACCCUAUGGAGGCCCAGACCACAACGGCCUGGUCUAUAUCCACAAUGGGCGUUCCCAGGGACCUGAGCAGACACCCUCCCAGGUCCUUCAGGGUAAAUGGGCAUCCAACUACAUGCCAGCGAGCUUUGGCUACUCCAUGAUUGGAAGCACUGACAUAGACCGCAAUGGUUAUCCAGAUUUACUAGUUGGAGUGUUUGGUGCUGACACAGCUGUUUUAUACAGAGCGCGCCCAGUGAUCAGUGUGAACGCCACGUUGGACAUCAACCCUCCGAUUAUCAACCCAUUGGAGAAGACCUGCACGCUUCCUGAAUCCGGCACGCCUGUGUCCUGUUUUAAGGUGAAAUACUGCCUGAAGGCGAGCGGCAGAGGAGCUCCUUCGUCUCUAACGUUCCGCGUUGACCUGCUGUUGGACCGCCUGAAGCAGAAAGAGGCGACCAAGCGCGUCCUCUUCUUUCACAGUCGCACCUUUCAGUACUCCAAGAACAUGACCACGGCCAACGGCGGCGGCCCGGCCUGCGAGGAGCAGCGCGUCUUCCUUCGAGAUGACCGUGAGUUCAGGGAUAAAAUCACGCCUAUUUCUGUGGUGAUGGAGUACAGUCUGGACUACCAGCUGGCUGCGGAUAAAAACGGACUGCUGCCCAUCCUAGAUAUGUCGUCGCCGCCUAACGUCACCAAACAGGCUCACAUACUGCUGGACUGUGGCGACGACAACAUCUGCAAACCUGACCUGAGGCUGUCUGUGAAGAGCGACCGCGAGCAGAUGGCCAUCGGCGACGACAACGCUCUGACGCUGGAGAUCAGCGCUGAGAACCGCGGCGAAGGAGCCUACGAGGCCGAGCUCCAUGUCUUCCCGCCACAACAGGCCGACUUCACCGGUGUGGUGCGCAGUCAGGCGCUCAGCCGACUGUCGUGCGCUUACAAGAAGGAGAACCAGACCAAGAUGGUGGUGUGUGACCUGGGAAACCCCAUGAAAGGAGGAACUAAGGUGCUGGCUGAGCUGCGCUUCAGCGUGCACCAGCUCUCGGAGGAGGACACGGCGGUCCAGUUUGAUCUGCAGAUGGUCAGCUCCAAUCAGUUCAACAACACCAGCGCACGAGUGUCCAGCAUCACCAAACUGGUUGUUCUGGCCAGAGUCUCCAUCCGAGGCACUUCGUCUCCAGGCCAGGUGCUGCUCCCUAUUGCCAACUGGAAACCAAAGGUACCCCCUGUCACUGGAGACGACAUCGGACCGCAAAUAGUGCACGUCUACGAGUUGCUGAACAACGGUCCAAGUACGUUCAGCAAGGCGUCGCUGGAGGUGGAGUGGCCGUACCACUACAAGAACGGAUCGUUGCUCUACAUCACCAGCUUCGACACCGAAGGACCCAUCAACUGCACCACCGACGUGGAGAUCAACCCUCGCAACGUGUCGAGUCCGCUGACGUCGGCGAAGAAUGCCAGCGGCGUGGCGCCCAGGGAGCGCGAGUCGGAGGGCCGCAACCGCAACCAUGUCCGCAAGCGAGACCUGGAGACGAGAGACUCCCAGAACGAUCUGCUAAGCCUGGACUGCAGCACAGCAGAGUGUCUGAAGCUGAGAUGUCAGGUUGGCCGUCUGGAGAGGAAGAAGAACGCCAUCCUCUUCAUCUACUCCAGACUAGAUGUCAACAACUUCCUCGCGGCUGAGAAUCAGAAUCGCUCGUAUGUGAUCCGGUCUACGGCGUCCUUCAGUGUCAUCGAGAUGCCGUACAAGAACCUCGAGUCGGAACUGCCGUCCAACAGCACCACCGUUAGCGUGUCUGUGCUGUGGGUGGCCGACACCCCCCAGUCGGUGCCAGGCUGGGUGGUGGCGCUGGCCGUGCUGGCGGGACUUUUGUUGCUGGCGCUGCUCAUCUUCAUCAUGUACAAGUUGGGCUUCUUCAAAAGGGUGCGACCCCCCCAGGAGGACUCCAUGGAGAAGGAGCAGCUGCAGCCCGAGGAGAAUGGCAACACUGACACCUAGUGGUCACACUGGGCACUGCGCCUCCAAUGCCAGGAAAGAAGAUGGCUCUUUAUCACGGCAGCCAUCGACCAGAACUUUGAUACCACUCCCACGUGCACGCCACCUUAGCUUAGCUUAGCACAAAGCCCCACACGUGUGAGUGGUAUCGAUAUUCUAACCAGCGUUUGCACUUUGCCUCCUGCUUGGAGUGGUUUUGACUUCAGAAACAAUUUCAACACAGCCAAUAAUUACUUUCACUUCUAGUGCCAAUCAAUGCUUCUGGCUGCCAACCUGGUGUUCAAAGCAUAGCUAGCUAGUUAGCCGGCUAGCACCAACGCACACUCCAAGUCGUCAAUUAUUUACGAAAAGUGGCUCAGAUUUACGAGGUCAAUAAUGACUUUUACUUUUAUUUCCAAUCAACGCUCGUGACUGCCGGCCCUGACGAGGCUAGUGUUUAAAGCACAGCUAGCUGGUAAGCUAGCUAGCACCAUCGCACACUCCCAAGUUAAUUGUAAAGCAAUGACUCCCGCGUGUUAGCUAGCUGCUUUAGGGGCGGUGCCAGCAACUUGAGGGUUCCAGGUUCGAUCCCAGCUUCUGCCAUCCUAGUCACUGCCGUUGUGUCCUUGGGCAAGACACUUCACCCACCUGCUCCCAGUGCCACCCACACUGGUUUAAAUGUAACUUAGAUAUUGGGUUUCACUAUGUAAAAGCGCUUUGAGUCAUUAGAGAAAAGCGCUAUAUAAAUAUAAUUCCCUUCACUUUUGUCAGCGUUUACAACUAACGUUUCACUUGGCUGAAAUGUUUGUCAUUUUAUUUGCUGUUAAAAAAUAUUUGGAGUGUAACCCUGUCUUGGCUAACUAGCUAGGCUAAUGUUUGAGCUUCAUUAACAAAAUAGAAAGUCGCUAAAUCGUGCUUGUUUUGACAGAAUCAAACAUUCGCACACAACGCUCGGAUUCGCACUGAGGUCAACAAAUCUACUAUUGCCAAGGAAACCGAAAAGCGACUUGGAAGGGCGGGGCUUCGGUGCAUUCACUUGCUGUGAUGUGUUUUUUUUUUUUUGAUAAUGCAGUUUGCAGACCCGAUUCUAAUUUUUUACGAUUGCUAAUAAAAAAAAAUGUUUUUCCCAGAAUCUGUAAAUCUAAAAACCCAUAUUGGGUUUCCAUUCUACAUGUUUUAAUCGAUUAAUCAUCACUCCGUGUUGUUCACCAGGGGGCGCCGCUGCCGCAACUCCACAUAACGCAGUACUUCCCGUGACCGUAGUUUUUUAACAAAUGAGUCUUGGCGGAGGUAGAACAAGUGCGGCAACACGGCGCCCACUCUGAACAACCAAGUAUUAAAAUUAGCGUUCACGUGUGCGCACUUUUGAUGUAUUCCUUCACGCUUUUGUGAUUUCACCUUUUCAAUGAAAAUAAACUUUGUCAACACGUUU